ACCCUUCUGGGUCAAGUAUACGCUUAUACACAGGGCUGAACAUGUUCUGUGACGGGCCAUGCUAGUGUCACUGCUCUGUCAGUAUCGCUGUAACACUUUGGCAAUUUUCCCACAUCAAAAACCAAAGUUUGGAAACAUGGAUAACACAAGUCGACUUGGAAUUAUUUUGUGGAUUUAUUUGAGUAUAUGUGUACAGAUGACAUUCGCGGAAAAAAGCAUUUCAACGGCAAAGUUGCACCCUAUUCGUAGUAGUUACGAUAACGAAUUUAAAUUCGGGAGUAUUAGUAAGCUAUGGAGACCUUACACGGUUAACAGUUUACAUGAAGAUUACGAACCUACUAUGGAAAUAUAUCGGCACUACCAACUCUUGAAUGUUUCUUCUAUAUCGUCUAUGGAGAUCAACAUCAACAUUGAAUUACAGACCAAGGUGGAGCUACUUGUUGAGGAGUGGCCAGGGGACCAUGCCCAGUUUGAAUUGGUUUCAUACUCUCCCUACUCAUGGGAAACUGAGCCUGAUAUCAAGAUGUCUCAUGUUGUCACGGAAACAGGUCAAGCACAACACAUCAUGUUACAAGUGGGUUCCAGGUUCAGCCAUACACAGUUACCCGGGGUUACCGGAGGGCUCAUUACUGUCGUCCUCCUCCUACUGUCCAUAGCACUACUCUGUCUAGGGGAGAGAAUUCAACACCGCAAGAAAAAAAGAAAAAGGGGAAAUACAGUGGGAGAGCCUUCACAACCAGCCCAGGAUCACCGGUCUGUCCAACCAACACCUAUCUCUGUCAUGUUACCCCCUGUGUGGGGACCAGACCAUCACCCCAGGGACAAGGACACGCCCCACCGAAGGAUUAAUUCAGGCGAUUCACAGGGUCAUGGCAGUGAAAACAAAGAAGACAGCAAUUCAUCUUUAUUGAAGGUAAGUGUUUUAUGGUUGAGGGACUGGAAUCAUUUCACCAUGUUUUAA